GAAUGUCGGUAACAAAAGAAAUUGUUGAUGGUUGACGCCAUUUUGUAACUUAUGAAAGUGCAUUGCACCUAGAAAAUAAAUUCUGUGAUACUAGAUUGUAUUUUUUGUUUAAUUAGUGAUAUAUUUAGUGGCUAAAACGGAUUCAAAAGAAACUAAAAUGCCGGGCGCCGGUACUUUCAAAAUCUUCGUCGGGAAUCUUUCCGAUAAAACCACAGAUGCCGAUCUCAGACCGCUGUUCGAAAAGUUCGGUACGGUCGUAGAAUGCGAUAUCGUCAGAAAUUACGGUUUCGUGCACAUGGAAAACGAGCAAGUCGGCCGCGAAGCCAUUCAGAACCUCAACGGUGAAGUAGUUCACGGGCAGGCGAUCAAAAUCGAGGCGGCCAAGAGUAGAAAGGCGCCGUCAACGCCGACCACUAAAAUAUUCGUGGGUAACCUAACGGACAAGACGCGCGCGCCCGAAGUCCGCGAGCUGUUUCAGAAGUUCGGCACGGUAGUGGAGUGCGAUAUCGUUCGUAACUAUGGCUUCGUGCACCUGGACGCGUCGGGCGACGUGAACGAGGCGAUCAAAGAGCUGAACGGCAUGAUGGUGGACGGGCAGCCCAUGAAGGUGCAGCUCUCCACGAGCCGGGUGCGCCAGCGGCCUGGCAUGGGCGACCCCGAGCAAUGCUACCGCUGCGGCCGCGGUGGUCAUUGGUCCAAGGAGUGCCCCAAGGCCAUGGGCCCCGACCGCAACGGUUUCCGCGAUCGAGCGUUCGGCCGCGACCCCUACCCCCCGCCGCCGCCGCCGCCCUUCCUCCGCGAUCGCAUGAUGGGAGGAUUUGGGGAUCCUUACGAUGGUUACUAUGACCGAGCUCGGUUUGACUCUGCGCGGGACCUGUUCGAGCGGAGGUACCCCGUGGGAGCUUCAAGGGGUCUGGACAUGGCCCCCUCUCGAGCCCGAGGUGACUUCGUGUCCCCGCCCCUGCGCCGGGAGCCCAUGCCGCCCAUGCCUUCCCUGCCGCCCAUGAGAAGCAGUUUGGGUUCCAUGAGGUCCUCGUAUGAUGCUAUGUACAGUCGCAGGAGUCCACCCAGAGGACCACAGAUGUCUAGAGGGAUGUAUGAAGAUUUCAGCCGGGACACAUUUGAUGACAGAAGGCCGGGGAUGCGAGGCCCCUCGCCUUCCAGAAGAUACGCGCCCUACUAGAAUACCUCGACCCGUGCUCGAGACACGUUUGACAGACACAGUCGACGGACGACACAUGUAUGGAGAUUGUGGACUUAAUAUGUACUAAGUGACUGCAAACAAGUGAUUUGCACAUCUAUAGAUAGUUUUGUAAUGGCCGAGGUUGUGUGACCGGUCGGAGUGUAUAUAGGUUUAAUAAUAAAUCUCAUUUUAAGUAUAA